UACUUUUUAAGAUACGUGUUUGCAGACGGGGAAAUGGAGGCUAGAGACAAGCAAGUGCUUCGCUCCCUUCGCCUGGAGCUGGGUGCAGAGGUGCUGGUGGAGGGAUUGGUUCUUCAGUAUCUUUACCAGGAAGGGGUCUUGACGGAAAACCAUGUUCAAGAAAUCAAAGCGCAAACCACAGGCCUUCGGAAAACAAUGAUGCUGCUGGAUAUCCUUCCCUCCAGAGGCCCUAAAGCAUUUGAUGCAUUCCUAGAUUCCCUGCAGGAGUUUCCCUGGGUCAGGGAGAAGCUGGAGAAGGCUAGAGAAGAAGCCAUACCUGAGCUGCCUGCAGAUGACCGGAUAACUGGCAUUCCUCCGCACAUCCUCAACAGCUCCCCAUCAGACCGGCAGAUUAACCAGCUGGCCCAGAGACUGGGCCCUGAGUGGGAGCCCAUGGUGCUGUCUCUGGGACUGUCCCAGGCAGAUAUCUACCGCUGUAAGGCCAACCACCCCCACAACGUGCAGUCGCAGAUGGUGGAGGCCUUCGUCCGCUGGAGGCAGCGCUACGGGAAGCAGGCCACCUUCCAGAGCUUGCAAAGGGGCCUCCAGGCCGUGGAGGGGGACCCCUCAGUACUCCAGCACAUGUUGGAAUGAUGGUGCCUCCAUCAACUCUCUAGGGAGUGCAUCCCCAAGUCACAUAUGCUCAGGCAGGUAGUUUUGUGUGUGUGUGUGUGUAAUUUCUUUUUAAUGAUCCUUAGAUGAAAGGAGAAAAUAGGAUUUCCACUUGACAUUACCUGAAAGGCUGGGUUACUCAUAUCUCCCACAUUGACUUGACAAUUCAUUGUUUUUAAUCACUUGAAGGUUUCAUUGUCUUAAUUGUUAAGGUUUUAAUUGUAUGGGUUACCUUUUGGUAGCCUGGUAAAGCAUAGUGGCUCAAAACUAUACUUUGUUAUCACAUUACAUGCAGGUGUCCUAUGCAUAAAACAUCCACUUUUACGUUGCCUGGGAACUGAACUGUGGACUUUGCUAUUAAUGAUGAUGAUGAUAAUAAAAAGUGAAUUACUAUAUAUAAUGUGGCCCUUUCAUGAGAAAGUGUUAUUUGUUUUUUCCUCAUUCUUAUAUGCAUAGAUUAAGGGUGUAAAUUUACAGUUAUCAUUUCUUUGGAACAGAAUUGAUAGCAACAAGAAAAUGGUUACUUUCUUCAGUCAAGAUAAAUAGCUUCGGCAGGGUGUCUGCAUUAAAUUUUAGACACUAAAGCUCCCUGCAAGACCAGUUCAAGUACCAGCAUGUAUACAUGAGCCCUUCAUCUUUAAGAGAUUGCUUAAGAAAUCCUGUACCAUUUAUUUAAAGGAUUUAGUCCCUGGACAGAAGGGGCUCUGGUCUUUCCAUUGAAGCCCUAAUGAUUGAAGUGUUAUGCUCUUAAGGAGUAUGAUUUAGCUUUCUGUCCUUUUAUUAAUAAUAUGUGUUAUUUGUCAGUGCUUUACUGUUUUCAAGGCUUUUCACAUAUGGGAUCUCAUUUGUACCUCACAAAAAUCCUAUGAAGUAGUUGGGCAAGAGGGGUGAGCCUCCGUCUACAGGGAGAUUAGUGGUUGGCCUGGGCGAAUGAGCUGGAUUGUGUGCUUUGGAGCGCUGUUCCUGGGUGCCCUUUGCAACUUCUCGUGUGGCUUCUCCUUUCCCAUAUGUGCUCAUUGAAGAAGCUGAGACCUGCUCUCUGCCUGCUGGCAGCAUCACCUUGAAUAAGUUACUUCACUUCUCUGAGCCUCUCAGUGUCCUCAUUUUUAAAAUGAGGAAAUGAUUGUCUUCACCUCCAAGAUAUUUGGAAUGAUGACUGCCAAGGGCUCAUCUAGUGGCUGUCUGGUCCACAGUCACCUCGCAGGAAAUGGUAGCUGUUAACCUGCUGCUGUGGCUGAACCUGGACGCAGUUCACAGACGAAGCUGCGAAGUGGCUAAAGCUGAGCACACUGUAGGAAGAUCCGUCACUACCCGGUUUCUUGCUAAGCUUUAAAAUGUGAUGUGAUUUUAUUAACUCUACAGUGGGUCCAAUCAAGAGAGGGACAGGUGAACAUCCCCAAUUUAUGAUUUGACCUUCUGAGUAAUCAGAGAAUCUACUUCUUAAUCCUAACCUAACUCAGGAUGUUUCAAAGGGGGGAAAAUUAUACCUUUUUCUCUCUUCAUUCUGAGGUCAGGUGUAUAGAGUAGUAGACUUGAGCAUGAAGUGGGUACUCAAAAGAUGACAGUGGUGUGUUGACAACAUCCUUUUGGAUGUCUGGCAACCAUAUUCCCUUUACUAAAAAAGAUCAGUAAUUUCACGGUUCAACAGACAGUUCAGCAGAAUGGUCUACUGUUUCAUCAGCUCUAAUUUUCCAUUUUGUAGCCCAGCCAUUAAUUUGUUAUUUUGUAAAAUUCUAAUACUUUUGGCCCCAUCACUGAAUCCAGUGGCAGACUGUACUUCUACGGCAUCUUCAAUAAACUGCUUGUCAUUUUGAACCA